AUGUCAAUUUAAUAUACUUAAGAUGAAUUGCUCGCCUUCCAAUAUUUCUUUACUAAUUGCGAUUAGACUGUAAAUAUUUAUAAGUUAAAUCUAAAAGGGUUAAGGAAUUCUUGGUUAAGAUAUGGUGAUCAAUUUCUUUAAAGCAAGUGGUUUGAAUUAAUAGAUUUUAGGAGUACUUUACUACAUUAAUAUUAUAGGCUAUUUGGUAAAUUACAUCAUCUAAUGGACAGUCAUUCACUAAAGAUGAAUUUUUUGCUGCUCUUAAAUUGAUUGCAUUAGCCUAAAAUGGUUAUCAGCCAGAUGAGAAAUUACUUACAAAAAAUAUCCCCUGUCCUUUACCUUAGCUCCAAGGAUUCUAACCACCUAAUUAUGAUAUCUCAAUUGAAUAGUUGCAAAAAUAUGAGAAUUUUUUUCUAACUAUAGAUUAAGAAGGCACUUAAAUAAUUUAGGGUAUGCAAGCAAGAGCUUUAUUUUCUAAAUCUGGAUUGAGUUUAGAUUAAUUAAAAGAAUUAUGGAAUCUUUGUGAUAUAGGAGAAAAGGGUCAUUUAAAUAAAGGAGAAUUCAUAGUUGCUUUACAUUUAGUUUAAUUGUGUUCUAAAUUUAAAUACCCUUUACCAAUAACUUUACCAGAUUCUUUAUUAUAAGUUGCUAGAAGAUUCUCAAGUAACCCUAAUGGAGGUAGAUUAGGUUCAAAUUAAAACUUAAUUCCUCAAUAAAGAUUUGGUUCCAAUUCAAAUCUACUUAAUUAACCUAGACCAAGAUUAGGAUCAAAUGCAAAUAUUGGAAUAUAACCUAUUUAGAGUGUUCAAUAAGUACAAUCAAUUAUCUAACCCUUAAAUAUUCCUACAAAUGUAAGUAUGAUACCUGGAUAUGAUUAAAAUGGGAUUAUUUAAGCACGUUAAUAAGUUAAUGAUUCUACUUAACAAGUUUAUCAAAUGCAGAAUUAAUUAAAUUAACUUUAUUAAAGUAUUUUACUAGAAAAAUAAGAGGAUUUAAAAUAAAUGUAAAUUUUAAAUGAUAAGUAAAUAAAUGAUUGAUUUCUAGUUUGAAACUUAUGUUGUAAAAUCUGUAAGAGCAAUAUAGAGUCACUAAUGAAGAACUUAGUAAAAUAAGAAUGUAGAAAUAAGGAUUAAGUUAGUAGAAUCAUCAAUUACAAUAAUAAAUAGGAAUACAAAUGUAAUAAAAUAAAGAUUAAUUUGCUUAAUUGUAAUAAGAACAAUAAUUACAAUAAGAAUAAUAACAAUAUUUAUAAUCUCCACCUUAAUUUUAAGCCAUAACAUAAAAUUAAUAAUUAUAACCAUUAAGUUAAUCACUUCCUUAAUAAAGUUUUGGAUUUUAAAAUACAGUGGUAAACUUAUAUAUAAUUUUAAGAAUUAUGUUAAUAGUAGUCCUUUACCUUAAACUAAUUAGAUAAAGAUUCAACCUUAAUAACCAAUAAUGUAAUUCAGUGUAGAUGAAGUAUAAAAAUAGCCUGGAAUAUUAAAAAAUCAAGCAGGUAUUUAUUUAUAUAUAUAAAAUAAGAAACAUAAAAAAAAUAAGUAACGUUUGCAUAAUAAGAUGAGUAAUUUCCUUGGUGAU